AAAAAAGUGUGUACGUUGGCACUUCAGAAUAUCAAUCUCAUCUAAGGAGUCUGCGAUGAAUCAAUGAUUGUUAAAAAGUCAACAGGGAAGUCGUAUGCCAAGGAAAACAUGCCAUCCAUGGUCAAACGUGUUUCUACUUCGACAUCUUUCCGAGGAUCCAAAGCAGCGUCCAUGAACAAUCGAGCUCUUGCUAAACCAUCAACUACGAAUGUCAGAAAUCCAACACAGAUUUCUCGAAAGAGUGAACCACGGCCAUCUAUCCCUAAGCUAUCGCGCGAUAAAACCUUCGAUAAGCUACCAAAUGCAGAAUUCAACCACAAUUAUAGGACAUUCUCCGAAAACAUCGUACAAGCAGACCCGGUGCAAUCGGAAAGCGAGCGAGCGGAACAAUCAUCAGCAAACCCAAUUGAUAUGGACGAUACAUUGAUAAGUGAUGAAACGAUGCCUCGGGAUCUGCUUGAGACCGCCGAUUGGAUUCCACCGUGUGAUCCAUUGAUGAAAUAUGUGUAUCAGCAGCAGAUUGUGAGCCCUUCCGGACAACCGGAAGGUUGCCCCAGAUGUAAUAGUCUCAACUUACAGGAACCUCCAGUCAAGAAAAUUUCCUGGACGGUAAAAUUCUGCUUUUGGUUUCUGCCACUGGUGACCCUUACCGUUACUGGGAUAUUACUGGCAUUGACCAUAGUGCUUAACUAUCGGCAGUUGGUGGCCCUGUGGAAGGGAGAACCUUUUCAGAUGCCACCGCAACUGGGCCAGAACGAGUUUCGAGAUCAAUCCCUGUACCGUCGAUUGUCGGAUUGGUUCAUGCAAAUAUUGUUGUCUCUGUUUGGCGUUUGAAAUCUAAUUUUUGUUUUUAUCUUCUUAUUUCAAAUAAAUUAUGCAUUAAAAACUAAAAAACAGAUAAAGCUCACAAGCAAGCAUUUCUGUAAUUUGAAUAAGGUACUAUAUCG